UUCUGGUUCUGGUUCUGAGACGGAGGAACAAUGGCUCAGCGGGCGGUGUCCCUGGAUGAGGACAUGUUCUGCUGCUCCAUCUGUCUGGACCUGCUGACGGAGCCGGUGACCAUCCCCUGCGGUCACAACUACUGCCUGACCUGCAUCAGCAACCACUGGACAGCCCAGGAGCAGCGGGGGGGCUACAGCUGCCCUCAGUGCAGGGAGGUCUUCCUGCCACGGCCGGUUCUGGGCAAGAACACCAUGCUGGCCGACCUGGUGGAGGAAAUGAAGAAGAUGGAGGUCCAGGACGCUCCUCCUCCUCACCUGUACGUGGGACCAGGAGACAUGGGCUGUGACUUCUGCUGUGGGAGGAAGCUGAAGGCCACCAAGUCCUGCCUGCAAUGCCUGGCCUCCUACUGUGACCUCCACCUCCAGCCUCACUACGACUCCCCCGCCUUUCAGAGCCACAAGCUGGUCCCGGCCUCUGCAGACAUCCAGGAGAACAUCUGCUCCCUUCACAACAAGAUGAAGGAGAUCUUCUGCCGCAGCGACCAGCAGACCAUCUGCUACCUGUGCUCCCUGGAGGACCACAGAGGCCACCACACCGUCUCCGCCGCGGCAGAGAGGGCCGACAGGCAGCAGGAGCUCGGCUCCACCCAGCAGGACAUCCAGCAGAGGGUCCGGCACCGAGACACGGACCUGAAGCUGCUUCAGAAGACGCUGGAGGACGUCGACAGCUCGGCUGACGACGCAGUGCAGGACGUCCAGCAGAUGUUCCACCAGCUGCUGCAGCUCUUGGACAGAAGCAGCAGCGACAUGCAGCAGCAGAUCAGAUCCCAGCAGGAGGAGGAAGUGAGUCGACUCAAAGAGCUUCAGCAGAAGGUCCAGCAGGAGAUCUCAGAGCUGACCAGGAGAGACGCUGAGCUGGAGAAGCUGUCUCACACCGAGGACCACAGCCAGUUCCUGCGCAGGUUCCUCUCGCUGACGUCGCUCAGCCCAUCUCCAAACAUCCACAUCCAGCCUGUAAACUACUUUAAGGAGGUAGCGGCUGCCGUCACACAGCUGACCCAGAAGCUGCAGGACACCCUGACCCAGGAGUGCACCAGGAUCUCCAGGACCAGAGCAGAUCCUUCACCGACUCCAGCCCAGCCGGAGACUCCACAGUCGCCACAGGCUCUGCUUUCAAGACUCGGCUCCAAGGAAUCGGCCCCAGCAGGUCCCCUGGAACCAGAGGAGUCCAAGGCUUCAGCAUCUCCCCCAACCCCAGCCGAGUCCGGGCCGGUACCGACGCCACCGCCUCGCCUGCAGUCCUCUGAGCCCCGGUUCCUACAACCUUCAGCCUGCGCCACCUUCACAAGCUCCAGCAUUGAGCCCUCAGCACCCGUUUACACGCCUUCAGUUCAGGUCAAGACCCCAAAACCACUGUACCCGCUGCCGACUGAGCGCACGAUUUACCCAUUUACACCACCGCUGGGUUACCCAUCAGCACCAGCAGGUACCGUACCAUCAGCACCGGUCUACACGUCAACUGGGUCCAGGACCUCACAACCAGCAGCUCCCCCAGCGCCGGACCCGCCCACAGUGUCUCCAUUAAGACGUUUGCUACAGAAUUACUCAAACAUCUCAUCACCAGCUCACCCAGCGCCGGAGCAGUCCAGAGGUCCGUUACCGGGCCUGACGAAGAACCCAUUUACACCACCACUGGGUUACCCAUCACCAAACCCGUUCAAAGGUUCCCCGCCAGCAGCACCGACACCAGCAGAACCCAGGACCAGAGCAGAGUUCCUGUCCUACGCCUGUCGGGUCACGUUUGACCCAAACACGGCUAAUAAACUGCUGGUUCUGUCCGGGCAGAACCGCAGAGCGACACGAGCAAAGAGGAAGCAGUCGUACCCCAAUCAUCCAGAGAGAUUCAGGGACCGGUUCCAGGUUCUGAGCAGAGAGGUUCUGACCGGGCGCUGUUACUGGGAGGUGGAGUGGCAUGGGAUCGUUUCUGUGGCCGUUGCUUACAGACGUAUGGUCCGGGCCGGCGGUACCAGUGGAUUUGGAGAUAAUAAGAUGUCCUGGGCUUUAUACUGUCACAAUAACAAAUACAUCCAUGACGGUACCGGCACCGUCCUCUCUGGACCUCAGUCUUCUAGGAUCGGAGUCUACCUGGAUUAUCAGGCAGGGGUUCUGUCCUUCUACAGCGUCUCAGCAACCAUGGUUCUGCUGCACCGAGUCCAGACCUCCUUCACUGAGCCGUUACACGCUGGAAUCUGUGUCGGUUCUGGAUCUGCAGAGCUACUUCAGCUGCUCUAGACCCAAGUUCUCAUCAGCAUGGCCAGAACCAGAACCAGCUGAGAAGUAUCGGACAGACUUUGACCGGAUCUGCUGCUGCUUUUUCUUCUGGACUGGACAUGGCUCUGUUAAUGAAGCAUUUACCUUUGACCCUGAC